GAGGUACGGCCGCCAUUUUGUUUGGAGGCCGCGGACGAGUUGUAAUGGCUGCCACAGCAACGACGGCAACGGCGGCGGCUCCGGGGGGUGUUUGGGGGGGUCUCACCCCGUCCCCUCCGCGUUACUUCACCUUCGACAUCCCCCCGACCCACAGCGGGACCCCAAGGCCGCGUCGACGGCACCGACGGGUCCUAUAUCCACCUGUGGUACGACGGCCGCCCCCAACAGAAGAAGCCAGCCCGGCCGCGCGGCUCCUACUGGUGUUGUUGGCUGUGGUCGGUGUUCAGGUGUACAGCGCGCCAACGGACGCGGUGACAACGCAACUAGAGGCGGCCAUGACACCCGAGGUGGUCGUGGGGACAACUCAACUGGGAGAGGCGGCCAUGACACCCGAGGUGGUCGAGGUGACAACACAACCCGGGUUGGUGGCCAUGACACCCGAGAUGGUCAUGGGGACAACACAACUGGGAGAGGCGGCCAUGACACUUGAGGUGGUUGGGAAGACGACACAACCCGGGUUGGUGGCCAUGGGGACAACACAACCUGGGUUGGUGGCCAUGACACCUGAGGUGGUUGGGAAGACGACACAACUGGGAGUGGCGGCCAUGACACCUGAGGUGGUUGGGAAGACGACACAACCCGGGUUGGUGGCCAUGACACCUGAGGUGGUUGAGGUGACAAAGGAACUGGGAGAGGUGGCCAUGGGGACAACACAACCGGGAGAGGCGGCCAUGACACCCGAGAUGGUCGCGGUGACGACACAACCGGGAGAGGUGGUGAUGGUGACACCCGAGAUGGUGAUGGUGACACCCACGGUGGUCGCGGUGACGUUGAACGCGUCAUCGUUACCCCCCUACGUGUCACCACAACCCGAAGAGUUGGACGUGGGGACAACACCAACACGACCUGAAGAAUUGGUGACACAGGAGAUGGUGGUGGCGCUGCCCGGCCCCACAGCGACAACGUGCCCAUCCAAUGGGGGGCAGGUGACACCCAUGGGUACCCCCUACCCACGGUUGUUGCCGUCGCCAACCCUACGGGCCUACAACGUCACCGCACACUGACUGUCCACCCUGUUGUCUGGGUGACGCCGUAUGACCGUCACCUCCCCAUGGAGGUGACACCCAUGGAUAUAGGGACGGCUCUGGGGGACCACGAUGGCACCAAGCACCCAUGGGUGCCCCUACCUCACCCUCAGAGAUGGCCCCAGUUCUUUGUGUGGGUCACGUUGAUAUUUAUUGGUCUAUUUAUUUAAAGCGUUUAUUUAAUUGUAGGGUUAUUUAAUAUUUAACACUAUUUAUUUCGGGGCUGUUUGAACCCCGAUUUUGGGUUAUUUAUUACAGAAAUGAGUUGUUUACAA